UUGGCACUCGAAAGCGAAGACGUUUUACAGCAGGGGGCGGGUUUGUUUUGGAAGCUCAGCUGUUAUGGGCGGAGCCAGUUACAGUUUGAGAAACGAAGCAAAAGAGCGCAGAUUGCAGGGGAGGGUCAUACACAGCCAUUGGAAGCGACAAUUUAAGUGGCAAUGAAUGAGGUUAAAUGUGCUGCUGUUAAUUAAGAGCACGACCCUCCAGCUAAAAUGAAUAAGCAAUGUCUCCCACUCACAAGGAUUACCUCAUUCUUGGACCAUCUCCUUUUUGCGCAUUAGCUCAAUUCAGGAUGCCUCACUUCAGAGCUACAGACUGUAAUAAAGAAACUUCAGAUGCUGUAAAAUCUCCCUAAUGCUACAAAAAUAUAAUUCCAUCAUUCCCCGUCUUUUAUGCUGAUGUCAAUCCAGUUUCCCGAACUUCCGCCAGACCAUGAAGAGGCCCAAGCAGCAUCAGCAUCUCAGCUUCUUCAACUUCUUCAGCCGGAAGCCCAAAUCCGACCCCAGGCUGGACAAGCCAGUGGGCCAGGAGGACAGAGCGCCCCCCAAAGGUCAAGACGAGAUUGCUAUCACACUGACGCCCAGCGAACAUGGCGACAAGGGCCUCGUCGGAGGAGAAGGGGGAAGAGGCGGGAUUGGUCUUUCGUCUGCUUCAUCCAGCCACGAGCAACUGCUGCCCUGCCUGAAGUGCCCUUUGUGCCUUCUCAGCCAGCCACGCUACCACUUCCCCCAGCUCUCGUCAUGCCCCCACCGCACAUGCUCCGACUGCCUGCGUCAGUAUCUGCACAUCGAGAUCACAGAAAGUCGGGUGUGCAUUGCUUGUCCCCAGUGCCCGGAGUUGCUUGCUCCGACCGAUGUCCGCACUAUCCUGGGUGAUGAGGCCUUGCUGGAGAGGUAUGAGGAAUACCAGCUUAGGCGGUUCCUUGCUUCUGACCCUGAUACCCGAUGGUGCCCAGCACCAGACUGCAGCUAUGCAGUGAUAGCCAAUGGCUGUGCAGAGUGCCCAAAGCUGAGCUGUGGUCAGGAAGGCUGUGGGACCGAGUUUUGUUACCACUGCAGGCAGCUGUGGCACCCAGACCAGACCUGCGACCAGGCCCGACGGCAGAGGUCCCGCAAUGCCUCUGGAAACAAUGACGCUUCCACAAUGUUCACUUUUAAUGAGGAAGCAGGCAGCGAGGUUGAGGAAAUCAAAGCCUGCCCACGAUGUGGGGCUUACAUCAUGAAGACUAACGACGGCAGCUGUAACCGUAUUAACUGCACUGUCUGUGCCUGCCAGUUCUGCUGGCUGUGCAUGAAGGAGAUUACUGACGUGCACUACCUUAGUCCUUCUGGUUGCACGUUCUGGGGUAAGACACCCUGGUCUCGAACAAGGAAGGUUCUCUGGCAGGUGGGCAUGCUGCUGGGAGCGCCAGUGGUCAUUUCUCUCAUCGCAGGCAUCGCCAUUCCAGUAAUAGUAGUUGGGAUACCGAUCUACAUGGGGAGAACGGUCUACAGUCGAUGUAAGAUAAACAAUAUCUCAGGAAGUAAACAGUACAUGACUGUAGCCAGCGGGGUUGUCAUGUCAGUGUUCGUCUCUCCGGUCAUAGCAGCUGUGACUGUGGGUGUGGGAGUCCCGCUCAUGUUAACUUAUGUAUAUGGCGUGGUGCCCAUGUCUCUCUGUCGAAAUGGUUGGUGUGGGGCUGAGAAGGAUCAAGCAGAGCCAGAGAAAAUACAUAUGGAAGAUUUAGCUAACUAUCUAAUGUUCUCUUAUGUAGUCAGUGACCACUGGACUGGUCAACCCAACCCAGCGGUCAGUGAAGCAAGUGUCCAUGAAGUGACCACUCUCCCCAGCACCAGCAGAAGCCACCCAGAAAAGGAAAGUAAUAAAGAGCAGGACAACCAAUCCGCAAGCACCGUGGCCCUGGCAGGAAGCAUGUUCAGUAACACACAGGACCCCUCCUUUUGGGAAGGGAAUAACAUCGAGGUGCAGGUGGAGAUUGAAGCUCAUCCGAGGGACGGUCGAGAGCAGAGCCUCAGCAGCAUCCUGUCCAGCCAGAGUCUGUCGGUGGAGUCCCUGGGGUGUUCCCAGGAGCAGCUGUGUGGAGGCGAGCUGAACCGAGGGGCUACACCCGAAAUAACAAGCAUUGUUUAAAAUACACUCAAACAGCUACACCCUGGCAGCCAGCAGUAUCACCUUCCAUUGCUCCAAACAGUUAUACAGCAAUUUGAGAGCCGUUGUCUCAUUCAAAUAUGUGUGUCCUCGGUUUGUUAUAUUUAUUAUUUGAUUUUAUUGAACAGUAUUUGUAGUUUUAAUUUGAAUUUAAGUUUUGUUAUCUUUGCAUAAAUUUAGUUAUUUUCAUGCAAAGAAAUGUAGCCUGCUCCACCUUAACACCAAGAUAUACAUAGAAUCAUAUAGAACUCCAUUUAGCAGACUGUAAGUGUAUACUGUAACAGUAUCAGCGACUCCUUCUCAGUCACAUGGAUACUGUCUUGGGUGACUCCUAUUUAGGAAAUAUGGACCACUGUAUCCAUAGCUUCACAUUGAAGAUCACUGAUGGAGUAAUUAAUGAUACAGAUUAAAAAAAUACAUAUUGUUUAAGCAUGUUGUGGAUACCAUUGUUUUUUUGGUGAUUUGAGAACACCCUUAUGAUAGUGUAUUAUUUCAAAUAAUGGAUUGGUUUAACCAUAAGAACCAUGGAGUUCUUGAUUAUAGUGUUAAUGUAAGUUACUCUUGUUUUAUUAUGAGGUAUGCAUGGAAAUUUGCUAAGAUAAAGUCUGGGUGAAUCUAGGUAAAUCUAAUGAUUUAGCAUAACUUUAUAGUACCCACUGCUGUUUUCCACAGCAAAAUUGCAAAAUAGCCUGCCUUGUACAGUACAUUGUCUCUAUUUCUACUAAACACUGUACAAAGACAGGGACUUCAUCUUUCCACAAAAAGUUAGUGAAAAGCCUAACCGCUUUCAUAUUUAAAAGAUCAUUUUUACGUACAAGAACAAACCACUUGUUUAAUGUCAUGUUUCUUUUAAUUAACCUGGAAAUGAAAAUGGUUCUCCCGAGUCAUUUAAUGUUUAUAAUACUGAUAGUCAUAAUAGAUGAUUUAUCGCAUUGAAGAAUCUUAAAAACAUGUCUGAGCUUUGCCUAUCAUUGUCAAAACUAGUAUAAAUAGAUUUCAAUAUGUUGUCAAUGGAAGGAACAUCAUGUUAUUUUCCAUUGUUUGUUAUCAUGAGACUGAUCAUGGAACAUCAUAAACCAUGGUCUUCAAUGUGGUUCUCAGUUAGCGCAAAUCCACAAAAAGCUGAAUCAGUGAAAUAAUGUACUGUGGAUUUUUUCAACUGAUUCAUACUUUGAGUUGGUUAUGCUACUUAAAACAUUUCUAAUUUAAGUGAAACUCAAUGUUUGUUUGACCCUUUAAUACAAAUAAAACAUGUUUUACACCUUUUUAAUUGGCUGACUUUCAGUUAGAAAACACGGAAGUAGCCGGUGUUUGCUGCUGUGCUUUGCUUUUCAAAUCUCUCUUUGUUGAAAUGCAGGAAUAUUUAACUGAAAUAUCAAAGGAUGACUUCAUGGAAAUGUUUUUUUUUUAUGCUGGCUAACCAUGGUUUCCUGUUAUCAACAUUGAGCACCAAAAUAAAACUACACUAUGUUAUGCCAUGCGUAUAAUUGUAAAUUAAACUUGCACCAGUUUGUGGAAAUUCUAAUUAACCCAAAAUGUGAUAAUGGUUAACUGAAAUAAACUGCUUAAUCAUGGGGA